GCCAAGAAAAAAAGGAAGGAAGAAAAGAAAUAGUCUCAGUAGUAAAGCUGUCUCCACUUUCAUCUUUGAAGGCACAACCGGGAAAGCCAUCGGGGUGGUGGGGUUCUAAGGAAGUGUCGCGAAGGAUUUAUCUGCGUUUUUGAGAGCUGAAUCCGAGAACCACAAGACCAAUUGGACUUUAGGGUUUUCUGGCAAUUGGGGGAAGCGUAGAUGGCGACUCCUUCUCCUUCUGCUCAGCCCUUGUCAAUCACUCCCCGUUCUAGGGUUAGAAGCCCUCUCAGUGACGAUGAGAUCUGGUUGCGCCUCAAACGAGCUGGCUUGGACGAGGAGUCGAUUAAACAGAAGGACAAGGCGGCGCUUGUGGCCUAUAUCGCCAAGCUCGAGGCUGAGAUCUAUGAUCAUCAACACCACAUGGGCCUUCUCAUAUUGGAGAGAAAAGAAUUGGCUUCCAAGUAUGAGCAACUCAAGGCUUCAACUGAAUCUUCUGAGUUGUUUCAUAAACGUGAUUUAGCUAUGCAGCUGUCUGCUUUAGCUGAAGCAAGGAAACGAGAAGAAAAUUUGAAAAAGACGGUGGAAGUGAAAAAAGAGUGUAUAGCUAGUCUUGAGAAGGCCUUGGGUGAGAUGCGUUCUGAAUGUGCUGAAACAAAAGUUGCAGCUGAUAGUAAAUUUGCUGAAGCCCAUCGUUUGAUAGAUGAAGCACAGAAGAAAUUUACUGAGGCUGAGGCCAAUGUGCGUGCUGCUGAAUGUUUACAAGCAGAAGCUAGUCGAUAUAACAGUGUUGCAGAAAGGAAGCUUCGGGAUGUUGAAGCACGUGAAGAUGACCUUCGGAGGCGUACCAUAUCUUUCAAGUCAGAAUGUGAUGAAAAAGAGAAGGAGCUGAUUCUUGAGAGAAAGUUGCUUUCUGAAAGGCAUGAAGUUUUGAAGGAAGAACAGGAAAGGUCACUUGAAGCACAAGCUUCUCUCAAUGAGAGAGAGGAGCACAUUUUUAAUCGAUCUCAGGAACUAAACCAGCUUCAAAAAGAGUUAGAGGACUGGAAAGUGAAAAUUGAAAGUGAACGAAGAGCUCUUCAUGAUGAGAAAACCAAACUGGAGCUGAUGGAGGCCACCCUAACACAAAAAGAAGAGGCACUCACUAAACGGGAAAAUGAGCUGAACAAGAAAGAGCAGGAGUUUGUUAGCUAUCAAGAGAAACUUGCCAGCAAAGAAUCAGAUGAAGUUCAGAAAGUUAUAGCUGAUCAGGAAGCUGCAUUACUAUCAAGAAAAUAUGAUUUUGAAGCUGAGCUACAAUUGCAGCGUAAAUCAGUUGAAAAUGAAAUUGAGACCAAGAGACGGGCCUGGGAAUUGAAGGAAGUUGACCUAAAGCAACGGGAAGACCAAAUCCAAGAAAGAGAGCAUGAGUUGGAAAUUCUGUCAAGAUCUUUGGAGGAGAAGGAGAAGGAACUUGGGGAGUUGUCAGUCGUUCUAGAAGGGAGAGACCAUAGACUGAGAGCUGCUGAAAAGGAGUUUGAGUCAAAUAAAACCCUUUUAGAUAAGGAGAAAGAAGAGAUUGGCAAAACAAAGGAAGAUCUUGUGAAGUCUUUGGAUUCAUUGGAGAGUAAAAGAAGGCAAGUUGAUCAUGCAAAAGAGAGAUUGGAGGCCAUGAAAACUGAAAAAGAUGACUUAUCAGUUUUGGAAGUUAAACUAAAGGAAGAGCUUGACCUUGUAAGAAAUCUGAAGUCAGAGCUUAUAGCUGAGGCAGAUAAAUUGAAAGUUGAGAAGGCAAAGUUUGAAGUUGAGUGGGAACUCCUUGAUGAAAAAAAAGAAGAGCUGGCGAAAGAAGCAAAAUUGUUAGCAGAAGAAAAGAUGUCGGUUUCAAGGUUUAUUAAAGAUGAACGUGAAAAGCUAAGACAAGAAAAAAAUGAAAUGCAUGAGCAGUACACCCGAGACUUAGAGUCACUUGCCUGUGAGCGAGAAGAAUUCAUGGACAAGAUGGCACAUGAACAUUCUGAGUGGUUUUGCAAGAUGGAGCAAGAGCGGGCAGAUUUCUUAAAGGACAUUGAGAUGCAAAAGAAGGAGUUGAAUAACCUAGUUGAGAAGAGGCGUGAAGAAGUGGAAAGUUACUUGAAGGAACGAGAAAAGUCUUUUGAUGAAGAGAAGAAAAAUAAACUCCAAUACAUUAAUGCUCUUGAGGAGAAAGCAAAAAAGGAGCUGGAACAUGUUUCCUCUGAGAUGAAAAGGCUUCAUGAUGAGCGAACAGAAAUAAAUUUGGAUCGUGAACUGAGAAAUAGGGAAUGGGCUGAAUUAAAUAAUUGCAUUGAGGAACUCAAGGUUCAAAGUGAUAAACUGCAAAAACAGAGAGAGCUAUUGCAUGCUGAUAGAAUCCGUAUUAAUGCUCAGAUUGAAGAAUUGAAGAAGUUGGAGGAUUUGAAAGUGGCCUCUGAUGAUGUUGCUAUCAUUGAAAUGCUAAAAUCUGAUAUGGAGGCUAACCAGCAGAAGAUCUCUGCACUGAAAAAUUUGAAGCAGCACGCUCUUACACAUCGUGAUGGUUUCGGCAAUGAGUUUAAAACUCCAGAUGUACAGAAGUCAGCGGCUGUUUCUUCUUCUAGCCCUGUGCGGUUUUCAUGGAUCAAACGGUGCACUGAACUAUUUUUCAGACCCCAUCCUGAUCAAUCUCCAACUGAAAACAAAGAUAAACCUCUGGUUUCUGGCUCCUAUCAUGAUGGCAAUAAGCAGAAGCUCUUAGAAAAUGAGAAACCACCUGGUGAUCAUAGCAAGAGAGAGGAAAUGGGGUUUUCUCUUGGAGAACCAAAAGUGAUAGUAGAAGUACCUGCAGUUGCUGAAGAUAUGAGUAGGACAAAUCAUUUGGAAUCUAAAAUUAAUGAAGAUGUGAAUGUAAAAACUGUCCCCUUCUCACAAGAUGGACAUCAUGCGCGUAGACGGAAAAGAGGCAGUGGGAACUCUAAUCGCGCUGUAGAUCUAAGGAAGAAUAAGAAACCGAGACCAGAAGAACCUGUGACUGAUAAUGCUUUAGAUCAGAGUGUUUCCUACAGCGUGAUUUCAACCCAAUCAGAUGAGGCAAACACCCAGCAGGUGCUUCCACCGUCAAAUCAAUGUCAAGGGAACUCGAAGGAUACUCAUGUAGUAAUGGUGGAUAAGGUGAUCCAUGUAUCAGAAGUGACCUGUGAGAAAACUGAUGCUGUUAACAUCCCCACUCAAGGAACACGGGAUUGUAUGGGGAAUUAUAAAUUGGAAGUGAAUCAAGGUGAUCUUCAUCAAGAAAUGAAUGAUCAUUCAAAUUCUCAAACUGAAGGCAAAGAUAUUUUACAUUCUGGUUCAAGUGUAUUGGGGACAACAGAAGAAAUUGGCAAAGGAAGCACUGGAUAAGUUACUGAUCACCGUUAGGAAUUGUAGCAAAUGGAAAUGGGGACUGGUACUAAUAAUUGAGGUUCUAAGAGUUCAAGGAUAUUAUGUGUGUAUAAGGGCAUUGAUUUGAAGGAGAUUUGAGGGGGUUCUUCUUUUGUUGUCUUCUACGGUAAAUAAUCACAGGUUGCGGUUUCGUGCUUUGUCCACAUCUUAUGUGAGCAAAUGCAAUUAUGGUUGGUAGACUAGUGAUAUUGUAGUUAUAAUAGGAAUGCACUGCAGUUCAAGUAGAGGAGAGUAAAGAGAAAUGUGGUGAGGUUUGGAACAGAAAAAACUAGAAAAAGAAUAUAAGGAGGAAAAGGAGGUGUUCUGGCUUUUGAAAGAGCACCUUGUUAUUGUAGCAUGUAACGGCUUUGAUUGAGUUUGUGUUACGGUCUUGUUUGUCAUUUUUGUGUUUCUAACCUUAAUUUGAAGUUAAUGUGUAGCCGUUAUGUUUAUAACAGAGUGUUUAUAACCGGUGAUCACUUUUUUUUGUUUU